AUAUGCUUGAUAUGGUAUCUAUUAUUAGACAAAAAUACGAUAAAUAUCACCGAUAAAUUACUUUUUAAUGAGUUAGUAUCUCAUAUCUCGUAUACAAAGGUUCAACAGGGCAGCAUAUUAUUCGGAGAAAAUAAAUACACAAUCAAUUACUUAGUGUCUAAAUCUCGGUCUAUAUAAUGACUGGAAUUUAUCUACUUUUCUUUGCGAAUAUUCUAUUGGUGAAUGCAGGGAUAAAUCCAAAAACGAGAGUGUACUUUAAGCAAUGUAUGGAAGAAGAUGCGGUAGAAAAUAACAACGCAUGCUUACUAUUGAAUGCACAAAGAGUUGUCGCUCUUAUACCAAGUGACAAACCCAUUGAAAUAAAACAGUGGACGAUUAAAGGAACCAAACUGCUAAGCUAUGACCAGCAUUACCAGAAUAUCAAGUUGUACAAUCAUCAUCAAGCGAAAAUUCUCAAGGCAGGAUUAGAAGCAAAUGAAAUCUUGGAAACAUGGAAGCUUGUACUAGAGUUUCAUGUUCCGGAAGUUCUGUUUGUUAGCGACUAUGAGUUUGAACCUGGUAGUAAAUUACUUAAUGUCGAUAUUGCCAGUAAAGGAAAAGUAACAUAUCACCACAAGGAUUACAACGGUACACUGACGCUUUCCGGUGGAGUUACUUUUGAUCCCGAUGCUAAUUUUACCGCAACGGACAGUAAAGUUUCAUUAACUAUGGGUGGAAUGUCGGCCCGCUUUGAAACUGGAGACUCGAAAUUAGAUGAGAGAAUUAACACGGUUUAUAAUGCCAAUUGGCCCGCUAUCUUUGAGGAUGCGACUGGUGAAUAUACGAAAGUGUAUGCACAUGUUUACAAAAAUAUAGCAAACGACCUCAUUUUUGACAAGGAACCUUACUAGCCUAAGCACUUAAAUCUGUUACUUUUGUUACUGUGAGGUAGUUACUUCGUUACUCGAAAUACUUAUGGAAACCAUAGUAUAGAUAUAUAGUAAAUACACCUGUAGUUACGUACCAAUA